AUGCAUCCAUGGAUUUGUGAUUUGUUAUUCGUUGAUACGCUCGCUAUUUUCAGUUCAGUGAUUGUAUCAACGUCGCUGUUAUCAUCGUGUUUAUGCAAGAGACAAGGAUACGUUCUCGUCAAGGAUGCCAAUAUUGAACCAGUACAGGAUUUACCGCAAAAGUCAACACCAAAGCCACCGGAAGGAUGGGGUGACAGGAAUGACGAUACACUAAAGAAUGUAAAAACGUUAACACGCUCCGAGAGUACAACUCCACGGUUACAACGGAAUUCAAGUGGCAAUCCAGCAGAGCAUAACGAUGCUCAGAAGUCUGCAUCUGGAAAGAAAUCGAAUGAGAAUGAAUCAAAAAAUAACUCGAAUGAUAAGAAAGAUGAAGUGAAAAAUUGA